CAGACCUUCACUGACGCACCACGCAUGAGGUGACGCUAGAAUUUGCGUACUACGGAGGAAGGAGUUGGUUCUUUUCAACAUGGCGACCACCACAGAGAACAGCAAUGCCGUACAGGCUACAAAGAAAAAACACCUCGGAAUUCCCGAAGCUAUUUUCGUGGAGGACGUGGAGUCGUUUAUGAAGCAGCCUGGGAACGACACGGCGGACGCGGUGCUGAGGAAGCUGGACGAGCAGUACCAGAAGUACAAGUACAUGGAACUGAACCUGGCCCAGAAGAAGCUCAGGCUGAAGAGCCAGAUUCCUCAGAUCAAGCAGACCCUAGAGAUCCUCAGACACAUGCAGAAGAAGAAGGAGACCACAGAUCCAAUGGAGACACAUUUCCUAUUGGCUGACAACGUGUACUGCAAGGCCUCGGUCCCACCCACAGACAAAGUGUGCCUGUGGCUGGGGGCUAACGUCAUGCUGGAGUACGACAUUGACGACGCCCAGGCCCUGCUGGAGAAGAACCUGACCACCGCGUCUCGGAACCUGGACUCCCUAGAGGACGACCUGGACUUCCUACGAGACCAGUUCACCACCACCGAAGUCAACAUGGCCAGAGUCUACAACUGGGACGUGAAGCGACGCAGCAAAGACAACCUCCUCAAGUCCGUCACUGACAAGUCUUAAUGCAAGCUGCUCCCCUUCCCCUUGCGUCACUCCGCCCCUCUCACACACACACACACACACUCUUAAGUCCCCUCCAAGCUGCCCCCUCCCCUCAUAGCAACUAACCAUAUCUAUUGAUUUGUUACUUUUUAAAGUAUUUUUUCAAGUAAAACGAAACAAAUGUUUACGAGGCAGUUCUUUUUUUGUAUUCUUUUUAUGAUUCAGUAUAUCUAUUUAGGUGGUUUUACCAUCCCGGUAAUCUAAGGUUUGUAGACGUCUUCCAGCUCCCCUCUUUACCUUCGUCUCCUCAUGGUUUCCUGUUCCAUCUCUCAGUUUUUUUUAAACUUAUUUUUAUGAGUGUGUUCAGCCUACCUGUUUGGGCCUGCUAAGUGGGUUGGUUUAGUUCUCAUCAUCCUCUUGUCUGGAGACUGGGCUGACAUGAGGAGGAUGAUGUCAUCCACAGCUCAGCCUGCUGACAAGCACCUGUGAUGUCAUAAGAGGUGUUUGGGGGGGGGGGGGGGGUGAUGUCACAGACCGGCCCGGCCCACCUGGGUUUCCCUGACGACAAUGGUUCCGAACAGAAGUUCUCAUUCUACAGUUUUUGCGUUCCGGUUCUACAGUUCUGAGCUCUCUCUCUCUUUCCCCCCCCCUCAUGCCUACUUCCCUCCUCCUGUUUCUAAUGUCUGCUUGUCCAACAUGGCUGUAUUUAUGUGUCUCCACUAAACACUGAAUGGGGAUGGAGACGACUCGAUGAUUGAUGCGCUUGGUGGUGUUUCGUCAGCGCUGGGUCAUGAACUGUCACGGCAGACGAAAGCAUAAACGGUCAACUGCUCAAAUAAUAAACGUCAACGUUAGUCUGCAA